UCGACUCACAUCAGAGGCAACAGGCAGCACCAGCGUGGCGACACAGCUCAGUCAGCUCGGAUCAGAAUGGAUUGUGCUGACGACAGCAUUAGCCAACUGCCAGCCAUCCCGGAGUCUGACAGCGAGUCCUCUGAGGAUGAAGAAGUGGCUACGCAUGAGGCCCUCCUCCAGGAGAGGGAUGAAGCUAAAGAGAAGCUGUCUGAGUUUGAGCAAGCUUCGCAGAGGCUGCUGGCGGAGCUCUCGGCGCUGGAGGUGGAGUAUGAAAUUGAAAUAUCGUGUCGCAAACAAGCCGAAGUCUACGCAGCCCAGGUGAACAGGGAGAACAAAAAGCUGAAGCGGAUCAGCGUGGCACUGCUGCCCAUGUUGAACCAGCUUCCCGAGGAUGUGUUGAGUCUGGCCACUGAGGAAGACUCCCCCUCCGACCCAAGCCGAGAUCCAGCGUAUCCGUACCUGCAGCAGAUCAAAGAUUUGCAGGAAAAGGUUUCCAGGCUGCUGGGGGAGAAGAAGGAGCUCACCAUCCAAGUGCAGGAGCUGCAGAGCCAGAUCAGAGAGCUCGGGGACCAGGUGGAAGAGGAGCGAGCGGAGAGGCGGUCCCUGCAGGCCGCGAUGGACCGGAGUCACAAGGCCCUGAAGCAGUACAAGCGAGUGUCCCAGAUGGUCGCUCAGGAGUACAACGAGGCCGUGCAGCAGCUGGAGGUGGAGCAGGACCUGAGGCAGCAUGCGGAGACCUUUGCCCACAAGAUGCUGGUGAAGCAGAAGGAAGCCAACAGGCAGAGCAUGAUCCUGCUCCAGAACGUGGGCCCCGAUGCCCAGCUGCUCCAGGCCCUGGACGAGGUGGCCAGCCUGACUGGGAUGCUGGAGGAAGCCAAGCGGGAGCACCAGGAACAGGUGAAGGGUCUGGAAGAGCAGCUGGAGGGGAGCCAGGAGGAGCUGGGCGCCGUGCGAGCAGCCCUGGCUGCAGCCGAAGCAGAGAAGCUGCAGCUGGGGGAGCAGCUGCACCAGGCGGAGGAGAGGAACGUGGUGUUGGAGGGGAAAGUGGCGGUGCUGGAAGAGAAACUGGAGAGGGCUGAAGCCCCGCCUUCUGAACCUGAUUCGCCAGAAGUGGCUCCUCCCCCACCCCCACCCCCACCACCCCCACCUCCUCUGCCACUGCCAGCAUCUUCCGCCCCCGUGGAUCCCCUUUUGGCGAUCAAGCAAAGGAAGGGGAUGCGACAACAGAAACCCAGCGAACCUGCUACCGAUGACGUAAAAGCUCGAGCGGUGGAGGAAAUGAUGGCCAGGAUCAAGAGUGGGGUUGCCCUGAGACCAGCAAAGAAGGACAGGGCUGCGUUGUCCCAGGAUCGCUCACCAGCAGCCAGCAAACGCAAGAGCACCGUGAUGGAGCUGCAAGGGAUCCUGGGCACGAUGAAAAGGCCGGUCAGAAAACAGAGCUGGCGUAAACACAGCCAGAAGAUCAAUGACAACCAGCUGCAGUCCGUGCUGCAGAGACGGCGCAGGAUGGUGGACUCUUCCACUCCCGCCCAGCCCUCGCCGCUGCGGGCCGAGCUCAGAAAAGAGGUGCAGAAUCAAGGUGACGGUGAAAUUUGCAAAGCUGUGUCCAGCCCAUGCUCUGAGGAGAAUGUAGCUGUCGUCCAGUUAAGAGCGAGAUCGGUGCACCUUCAGAAAAGCAGGCGACAGGCUCUCCUGAAUGAAGCAGAGGACAAGCCGGCACAGAGAGAGACGACCUGAAAACCAGCCAUCCUGUUGGACCACAAGACACUGCAUGGCUGCCUGGUCUCACACCCUGCCGAUGCUCCUUGCAGUACCUGCCCCACCUGUGUAUCUUUCAGGCACGCAAACAUUCAGAUCCUGAGCACAGCCUGAGGAUGCGGUUCUCCAGUCGAGCUUGUUAGCGCCAAGUGCAGCCAGAUGCACAGCCUGCUUGUUACGCAUACUAGCUUGCUCCACUUGCCUCGGUGGUUGCUGGGAGGUGCGGUCAGGAAUCUUAACACUGACAAGCUUCAUAUUGUGGUCCUAGAGUGGAUUUGUCAUUGGCCAGUGGAAUGUGGUUUUGUUGACAGUGGUUUGUAAAGAUCGUCCAUCCCUCCUCUUUCAAAGGCCAGACAUAAUUUCACACUCUUCCUGAGGACUGCUGGGCUGCAGAUAAAGAAGGCUGCCGCUUUCGAGCCCAUUCUUUUCUAACUGAGCUGCUCUGACAAGAAUAGAUCCAGCAGAACCGCGUCAGCUGCUGAGCUGAGCAUCUUGGGGGAUCUGAGUGUCCUUCUAAGAAGCCCCACAUUUGAAAUUUGAGCUCUGUACCUUUUAACUAGACAACCUGUUAGAGAAAGGGGCUAAAGAGACAGAAACUGAAUUUGGAUGUACUAAGUUCUGUGUCCACAUUUCAUCAACCAAGUAUCAAAUCUGAACUCCUCAAGGACUGUGACAGCCUUAACAUGGAGUCACAGACAGUUCCCUUGGGCACUCCGGUCUGUCUUGCCACCCAGGCAAGCCUGCCUUUGUGAUAGAAGGUCCCUUACACCAAAAAUCACAACGAUAUUCAGAUUACUCCCAGUCCAAAAGGACCAGUCACUUACCGCAGAUCAACUGCACCUCAAAUCUUAUGCUUGUAGCCAAUCCUAUAACGAA